CAAAUACCUUAUCCGCUGUCAUCAUAAGAAAACCGAAACAAGAUGCCAAAAGUGAGUGAGAAACUGAAAUUGAAAUUGCAAUGGCGGUUGGGAGCUACUACUACUGCGUAUGGCCUUCUUCUUCUUCAUCUUCAAUAAGUCCACUGCGAAAACUGCCUUAUUCUUCUUCUUUGGCCUCCUCAUCUUGUCACUGCUGUCGUUCUUCGCCUUCACACUCUCUCUCUCCCGUCAACACUACACUUUCCCAUAUCAAAAACACCGGCGUCAUCGCUUGCCUUCGUGCCCAAAGUGCAGAGUUAGCAAUGGAAGCUGCUUGUGCUGCACUUAAUGGUGGCAUCUCAGUUCUGGAGAUUGUGAUGUCCACCCCAGGUGUGUUUGAGGUUUUACAACAGCUGGUGCAGGACUAUCCUACAACAACAUUAGGACUGCUGAGUAUCCUUCAGGUUGGCACUGUUUUAAAUUCUAAGGAUGCAAAAAAUGCCAUAAAUGCUGGAGCCAAAUUCCUCAUGAGUCCUGCCAUGGUGAAGGAUAUUAUGGAUGAUGCUCAAGGCAGUGAAGCUCUUUACAUACCAGGUGUAAUGACCCCAACAGAAAUAUUAUCUGCGUAUGACUCUGGCGCCAAAAUUGUCAAGGUUUAUCCUGUUUCUGUAUUAGGUGGCAUUCCGUACAUAUCAACACUAAACAGGCCUUUUUCUCAUAUUUCGAUGAUUGCUUCUCAGGGCAUAACAAUUGAUUUGAUAGGGGAAUACAUUGAAAAUGGAGCAUCAGCAGUUGUUUUGUCAGAUGCUAUAUUUGAUAAAGAGGCGAUGGAUCAAAGAAAUUUUGAUCAAAUACGUCAACUUGCCCAUCUUGCAGCUUUGCGGGGAAAUAAAGCUAUACAAAGGUACCGAAGAAACCAAAGGAAACACCGAGGUGUUAGAAGGCAACAUUCAACCUUGAUGGCAAACGAAAAUCAAAAUGGAUGGUUGGAGGAAGAACUUGAGAUGUUAGAUAAGCCUAUUGACUGGGAGGAGGAUCCAGAGGAGGACCCAGAAGAAGAGCUAGAAGAGAACUUGGAAGAAGAAUUUGAAGUAGGAUCUGAGGGUGAUUUCGAUCCUGAGUCUGACUCUAAUCAGGAAAUAGAGGAGUCUAAUCCUGAAUCCUCGAUAGAGGACGGCCCUGAGGCAGCCUUGAGACAUAUGAUGGUGCCACCCGUCCUGCAAUAUGGAAAGGCAGUAUUUGUGAGGAUUACCCCUACUAGGAUGUGCUAUUGGAGGAGCUCGCAUAGGAGGGAUAUGUUUAUCGGGCCAGUCCAGAUAAAAGAAUAUCUGGACAAUAAUUUCUAUCAAGUAUGGAACCUACCUCCGCAGUACGUCGCAAACAAGGGUGAUGCGUUUCUACUCCAAGAUAUUCGGACUACCCAACCUCUUUUCGGUCAUGUUGUCCGAACCCUAGACUGAUUGGUGAAUUUUUAUAGAGCUGCCACGUAUCACGAGAUCCCUACCCGCGUGAUUAGACGAAUGGUGGGUCAUAAUGGGAAGCAAAUGGUCCUUGUCUACUGGGAGUGUUAUGGGCUACCCGAUGAGGCAUGGGAGUUUGAGGAGAUAGUGCAUCAACGUUGUGCCUAUUUGCUUAGUUAGGCAAUGACAAGUGUAGAAGUUAGGACAACAACAAAUUUUAUAUCACGUAAUUAUAAUAGUCCUAGUUUCUAACUUAGGGUUUUUGGUAAAUAUAUAUAUAUAUAUAUAUACCACAAUGAAAUAGGUAGGGGUAGAAUGA